AUGGAUCUCAGUAGCCAACUUCGUGCCUCAAUACUGGUUCAAAAUCUUCCACACCCCACAACAACGUUCUUAAACUCUCUUGUAACCGCACGCUCUCCUCCACCACCGUUGCCAUCUCUGUUAGCUACCGCCAAAGCCCGGUUAUUAACAGCGGAUUUGACUAGCAGCACUAUUAUCAACACAAGCUCCAUCCAGAGUUUCCCCUCUGAGGCCGACUCCACAGAGUCUCGCGAGAAGCGCCUCCCAAGGCCAGUGCAUGUUCAGGUGCUGGAUAUUGAGAAUCUAGCACUGAGUCGCUGGGAGCAAGUUGAAGAGAUGGAGGCUGUAGCGAGGGGCGAGACCACGCGUGGAAGAGAAGUCGUGCGUGUCACAGCAGAAGAUGACGAUGAUAAUGUCGUAGAGGGUCAGACUCAAACUCAGACUCAGCGAACUGCGGGAGCUCGCAACACAGCAGGUCCAAAACCCGCAGGCAAGAAUGCGACGCAUAGACUUGUGCUGCAGGACUGCAAGGGGACAAAAUUAUACGCGCUGGAGCUACGACGUUUCGAUGGGAUAGGCGUUGGAAAGACUCAGAUUGGUGAGAAAAUGCUGCUCAAAGCUGGAACGGUGAUUGCGAGGGGCAUGGUUCUUUUAGAGCCUGAUAAGUGUGUUGUGCUCGGUGGCAAGAUUGAGGCAUGGCAGAAGACGUGGCUCGAUGGGAGAUUGGCAAGGUUGAAGGAGGAGAUAAGACAGAAUGAGAGGCAAUGGUCGUGA